GGCAUACACAAGUCCUUUUUAGCCAGAUACUCCGCACCAAGAGACAUCGCCGCGCUUAAAUCCCCGACAAGCUCGGCUCCUCGCAAACACCACGUUACGCAGCUCUGCGUGACCAAGUAGCAAUGCAAAUGUCGGAAGGCGGUGCAGAUAACCAGGCGGAGAUAAAGACCGAGGGCGGUAUCAUCAACCUCGUCGUCAAGGACCAAGAAGGGAGUGAAGUCCAUUUCAAGGUGAAGAUGAAAACAAAGCUUGAGAAGGUGAUUGACGCCUACUGCAAAAAGAAGGCGCUGGACGCUAGCACCAUUCGUUUCCUUUACGACGGCAACCGCGUCAACCCAACCAACACGCCCGCCGAGCUAGGGAUGGAGGACGGCGACACCAUCGACUGCCUCAUCACGCAACUGGGCGGCGGCAGCAGCUACAGCCAGCGGAGGUAGGCUUGGUCGUGCGGCGGCAGCGGCCACCGGCAACAAGCGGCGGCCGCCGGCGGUCGUCAACAACAACCAAACUGUCAUGGACAGUUUGGCCCGCCCUUGUGCUGUUACGGUACUGGUGCGUGGUUGUUGUCACAACGGGUCACGACGGAUGCAUUCCUCACCUGUCCACCCGUAGUCUCCGUCACCCAUGAAAGGGCCGGGCGGGCGGCGCUGGCGGGCAGCCGCUGCAGCAGCUGGCGCGCCACGUCACGGGCCCGGCGGGCGGCGCCCUGGCUCUGCAACCAAACAGCUGCAGUGGCGUGGACAUGCUGCCGCGCAACUCUUGACGACUUUACACCACCGCGCAUGCUGGUGGACCCCGCGGUGUUUAUCCAGAUGGACGCGCAUAUGAAGCGGCUGCAGAGAAGCGACAGGAUGGAGGCGACAGAGAGGCGACAGCAUCUGGAGUGGGAGGCCCGACGGCAGAUUGAGAACGAGGCUGCCGAACGGUGUGGUCGGGAGUGAGCACAGUCAUACAUGAACACCGCAAUGACGGAGACGGUGGGUGACGGAGAUUGUGGGUGACGGAGACUGCGGGUGGAUGCAAUGCAAGCUGACCUAAAGCUAGUGUCAAUUGCUGGUCGUUGUUACUGUAUGAUGAAGUGGCGCGAACGUUGAUGUUGACCUGAAAAGAGGGUGCUGCGGGGCGAUGCGCGCCGCAGGCGUGCCGUGCAAUUGCGGUUUGGUGAUACGCCAACAGGUCAGUAGGAGUGGGCCCAAGUGUUGUUUUCAACUACAAAGCGCUGCUCGUAGCCUACAUUAGCAUACAUCACAAUCUUGUGACGGGACCGCUGACUUGAAGAAGAGAGGUUUGAACGUUUGCUGUCACUGCUUUACCUAAAACGUGCCGCGACCGGCGUCUUUUACUUGAAUUGUAAACUUUUCCAAGC